UUGCGGCCUCGCGCCCUCCCCUACAUCGCCUCCCUCCAUCUACUGCUCCGCGCUGUGCACUGGCCGCGCCGGCGGUCUGAUUCAUGGAGGAGGAGGCGGAAGAGCAAGGGGGCGGCGGCGGCGACGUGGAUGCUCCUUCAACGCGUGACCGGGGAUGUGGACGCUGUUGCUCGGCGCGGCCGGCACGGUGGACGCUCCUGCUCGGCGCGAGUCUGCCCCCAUCUAAAAUUUCCGGCGAGCUACACCACUGGUUGCUUGACCUAAACAUAUCACCGACACCAAGCAUGGUUCUAUGCAUUUGCUAUUGCUUGCAUAUACAAAUGUUUAAAUAAAACUUGUAGUUAAAUCUUGGACAUGACUUAAGAGAUGAGCGCGUAAUAAUAGUCACCUUGAAAUUGCUAAUGACCCUAUAUCGCUUCAGAAAAGAGAUGGCUAAAGAUCAACUCGUUGGUGUGCUCUGUGUUUUUGUGAAGUGCUCGUGCAUGGAGCCUAUUGUGAGACUUUGAGCAUUUCAUAGUGCUCUCAUCCACAGGGCAAUGCCUCUUUGACAGACAAGUGCAGGAAGGAAAGUCUUGUUGUAUGACCUUCCUUGUGCCUUUGCUGUGUUGUGUUCUCCUUUCCUUUAACCUCUCACCAUCCGUACUAUUUUUAGCCAUUGUCGUGUAUCUGCAAGGAAAGGACUUGGCUAUUAGCCUCACAAUGACCUCUCCCCCCUCCUCCUUUCUUGCUCCCUUUGUCUCCAGCCUCUCUUCUCUUGCAUGGUAAUUAUCAUGUCAACAAACGAUUAAUGCUGCUGCUAGAUUGGAUUUCAGACAAGGUGAAGGAGGAAGAGACAAGAUGCUGCAGCGGGCGGCAAGCAAUGCGUAUUCAUGGUGGUGGGCAAGCCACAUCCGCACCAAACAGUCAAAAUGGCUCGACAACCACCUCCAAGAUAUGGAACACAGGGUCAAGUGCAUGCUCUUGCUCCUUGGGGAGGAGGCUGAUUCCUUUUCAAAGAGAGCAGAGAUGUACUACAAGAGGCGACCUGAGGUGAUCACUCAGGUGGAAGAAGUAUAUCGGGCAUACAAGGCUCUGGCUGACCGGUAUGAUAUCAUGUCAGGGGAGCUGCACAAAGCAAACCACACCAUCGCCACUGCAUUUCCUGACCAGGUCCAGUAUGCAAUGCUGGAAGAGGAGGAUGAUAACAUACCAAAGGCAUUCACCCCAGUUGAUCCACGCAAAAUCCACAAGUCAACUGUUGAUGGGUUGAUGAAGAAGAAAAAGGGAGAACAUGCUGGAUCAAAGGGUGGGGGAGCAAAGAAUAGUAGUACCUCAGCUCCAAUCAAUAAGGAGAACGCAGGGGAAGAGAUUAGCAGGCUACAGAAAUCUAUACUUGUCAUGCAGACUGAGAAAGAAUUUAUCAAAAGCUCCUACGAGAGCGGCAUCGCAAAGUACUGGGAUCUUGAGAAGGAAAUCAACGAAAUGCAGGAACAGGUUUGUCACUUCCAAGAUAAGUUUGACGAAAGCGCGGUGAUUGAAGACGAUGAAGCCAGAGCCUUGAUGACAGCAACCGCACUCAAGUCCUGCGAAGACACUAUUGUAAAACUGCAAGAACAGCGGAAGGCCUCUGCGGGGCAAGUAAUGGGAGAGUCUGAGAGAGUCAAGGUUUUCAGAGAGAAGCUCGAGGCUAUAAUGAAGAAACAUGGAAAAUCUCUGCCGGGUCCUCUGGACUUGGCUGACAAGAACACACGAAAGAGCCACAGCACAGAGAUGGAGGAUGUUUACCAUGUCAAACAAGGUGCUAUAGAAACGCAGGCCAUUAUUGACAAGAUCAAGGAACACUUUGAGAAGGACUGCAACAUCUCAAUGGCAGAAGUUACAGAGAGAAUUGAUGAACUUGUCAACAAGGUUGUUGACUUGGAGCUCAUGGUUUCAUCACAAACCUCCCAGAUAGAUCGACUCUGUCGAGAAAACACUGAGCUGGAAAAUUCCCUGCAGAGCCUUGACGAUGAGAAUACAACGCUGGACAGCGGAUCAAGUGAACUGGAUGAGAAGCUCAGACAAGUAGAAGAGGACCUUGUCAGAGUUCAGGCUCUUGAAAGCUCCUUCCACAAGGACGAAAGCACAAUCCGUUCCAAUUUCGUAGAAGCGAUAAGCAGAUUCAGAGAUCUCUCAGACUUGCUGCUAUCGCCAGUUUGUGAGCCGCAAGAGCAACACACUGGUUCUGCUUCUGCUUCUGCAUCUGCAGAGACGACCCAUGAAGCACCAGCAGCAGUUGAGUCGACAGAGCCAAUAUCAUCAGAUGAGCCAAUAUCGUCAUCAGAUCAGCAGAUUGCUGACCCCCACGCCGCUGAGAAUAAUGCCGGGGCAGCGUCUAGUACUGUCAAGCCAGACGAAGCUGAUGAUGCACUGGUUGUGGCGGGCACUGAUGAGCCGUCAUCCGGUAGCACCGAAAGCAGCAGCAUCGAGCAGCCGCAACAAGUAGAUGUCGUCGGACAGGACAAGAGCUCACGUGAGAGGGGUUCAUUGUUGGUACGCCUCCGUCACAUUUCGUCAGACAACCUUGGAGGAGGCAACGAUGGGAUGGAAGAGAUGGCCAGCAAGGUCGUCGCGGAUUCAUCUUCGUCUGCUACUGACAUGAUGAAGCUGCAGGAGAGGCUCGCAGAUAGCCUGGAAGACAAGGAGAAGGUGCUCCUAGGCGAGUACACCUCGCUCCUCGAGGACUACAAGGACGCCAAGAGGAGGCUUGCGGAAAUGGAGAAAACGAACCAGGAAUGCCUCAAGGAGAUCCGCUCACUCCGCGAAGAGAUGGCGAGCUCCGCCUCCGCAGGGGAAGGAGUACCCCGGCGGGGUCACAGGAGGACCCCGAGCUACUCGUCUCUCCACCAGAGGCGACCCAGUGUCUCCUCCCUGUCGAGGCUGAUAAGGAUGAGCUCCACCAUCCAGCAGCAGGACCCAGCAGCAGCUGAGCAAGUCGGCGGGGGCUUCAACCUGGAGGACCUGAGGCUGCCGACCGUUGCGGCGGCGGGGAACGCGUCGCCCCUGGAGGAGAAGUUCAGGAGGGACAUCGACACGCUCCUGGAUGAGAACCUCGAGUUCUGGAUGAAGUUCAGCUCGUCCCUGCAGCGGGUGCAGGAGUUCCAGAGCAAGCACGAGGGCCUGCAGAGGAAGCUGCAGCUGAUCAACAGCGAGGACGCGGCGGCCAAGCAGGACGGCUCGACGGAGAAGCAGCUGCGGGCCUUCAAGACGGAGCUGCAGGUGUGGUCGGAGCAGAACGCGAUGCUGCGCGGGGAGCUCCAGUGCAGGUUCACCUCGCUCUGCGACAUCCAGGAGGAGAUCACGGCGGCGCUGGACGGGGAGGCGGACGCGGACGCGGACGCGGAGGCCGACCACCAGUUCAAGUCGUACCAGGCCGGCAAGUUCCAGGGCGAGGUCCUCAACAUGCAGCAGGAGAACAACAGGGUGUCGGACGAGCUGCAGGCGGGGCUGGACCACGUCAAGGGGCUCCAGGUGGAGGUGGAGCAGGCGCUGGCCAAGCUGCACCGGAGCGUCAGCUUGCCGGCGCAGCAGACGGCGCACGGCGAGGAUUCCAGCUCCUCCGCCCAUGGCGGCAGCAUGGGGCGCCCGCCGUCCAACAAGUCCAAGGCGGUGCCGCUGCAGUCGUUCCUCUUCCCGGCCAAGAACAAGAAAACGUCUCUGCUCGCCCGCGUCACGCCCGUGCUCCAGAAGCAGCAGGCGGAGAUGAAGUUUCUUGCCAAGUUGCCAAGGUAGCAGCUAGCUAUUCUACAUCUUAAUUUUGGUGCUCAGUUCAGUUGCUGUGCAAUGUAAUUUCCUCUACGUUCGAGGUCAAUGGAUUCAUUCAUGUGCAUGCUGUCGUGUGUGGAAUCUACUUACCUGGAAUAAAUAAAGUAAAAAUAUAAAUUUAGCAGUACA